AUGAGCAGUCACCACAACUCUAGCUAAGACGGGCUUCUGAGAAGAUCUUGCCUACCCCAAACUGCCAUUCUUUUUGGCUGUUAUUGAGAAGUUGACUGCUUACAAUUUGUUAUUUUAUUCGGAAGAAAACCAGUCACUUGAAAAAUGAGACUAAAUGUCGCCAUCUUCUUUGGAGCUCUUUUCGGAGCUUUGGGAGUUUUACUCUUUCUGGUUGCUUUUGGAUCAGAUUAUUGGCUUCUUGUGACUGAAGUGGGCAGGUGUUCAGGUGAACAGAAUAUAGAGAACGUCACUUUCCACCACGAAGGAUUCUUCUGGAGAUGCUGGUUUAAUGGAAUCGUGGAGGAGAAUGAUUCCAACAUCUGGAAGUUCUGGUACACCAAUCAGCCACCAUCUAAGAACUGCACACAUGCUUACCUGUCACCCUAUCCCUUCAUGAGGGACGAGCAGAACUCUACCUCCUACGACUCUGCAGUUAUUUACCGUGGUUUCUGGGCUGUCCUGAUGCUCCUGGGGGUAGUGGCCGUCCUGACUGCGAGCUUUCUGAUCAUCUGUGCAGCCCCAUUUGCCAGUCACUUCCUUUAUAAAGCUGGGGGUGGCUCGUACAUUGCUGCAGGUGUCCUGUUUUCCCUGGUGGUGAUGCUCUACGUCAUCUGGGUCCAGGCAGUAGCUGACAUGGAAAGCUACAAAGCUCUGAAAAUGAGAGACUGCUGGGAGUUCACCCCUUCCGUUCUCUAUGGCUGGUCAUUUUUUCUGGCCCCUGCUGGGAUAUUUUUUUCUCUUCUGGCUGGAUUACUGUUCCUAGUUGUUGGACGGCAUAUUCAGAUACAUCACUAACCAAACUUUGGCCACCAGAAUUUUCAAGAGAGGUUUUAAAACAAUAUACUUUUGUCAUUUUCUUUUAAAUGAUAUCAGCAUAAAAUUAGUUGAUGUACAUUUUGGGUUGUUAUUUUGAAUGAGUAGUUUUACUUGUGAUUUCCUCUGAUAUGAAAAUCCUCAGAUUUCUCUACAACCCAACACUAUAUUUGUGCAGUCAAGGACCUAGUUCUGUAGCGAGCAGGUAGUACAUGCCCAGCUCAUUGCACAGUUUGGGGUUUACGCAGUUUGCAAAUGCUGUCACACAGAGCAAAUCCAGGUUUGCCUUAAAGUCUAUUUCUUGACAUUCUGCUGCUGAUAUUA